GUUAAGGUGUGGCCUGGGCGCCGGCCCGGGCAUCGCAGCGCCGGCCACGAGCGGGCGGCCGCGUCCCCUCCGCCUCCCGCCUCCGCCUUUGUAGCGAGUUCCCGGCCCCUCUUCCUCCCCGCCCCCAGCGGCCCGCUCCCCGCUCCUUUCUUCCUGCCUCGCCUUCCUGCGGCGCGGAGCCUCAUCCAUUAUAAAUGCGCGGCCGCGGCUGACAUCAGCGCCAGCGCGGCGGGCGCCCACGAGCGAGCAGUCCCCGCGCGCAGCCCGCCGGCCCCUAGCGGCCCAGCCCGAGUGCGGGACCCCGGCUGCUGCCCCGCACGCGUGCCAGCCCCGCCGGCUUCCUGCAUGACGGUCACCAAGAUGUCCUGGCGUCCGCAGUACCGCAGCUCCAAGUUCCGGAACGUCUACGGCAAGGUGGCCAACAGGGAGCUCUGCUUCGACGGGAUCCCCAUCACCAAGAAUGUACAUGACAACCACUUCUGUGCCGUCAAUGCCCGCUUCCUGGCCAUCGUUACUGAGAGCGCGGGCGGCGGCUCCUUCCUUGUCAUCCCCCUGGAGCAGACAGGCAGGAUCGAACCCAACUACCCUAAAGUGUGCGGCCACCAGGGCAAUGUGCUGGAUAUCAAGUGGAACCCCUUCAUCGACAAUAUCAUCGCCUCAUGCUCGGAGGACACGUCGGUGCGGAUCUGGGAGAUCCCCGAGGGCGGGCUGAAGCGGAACAUGACCGAGGCACUGCUGCAGCUCCAUGGCCACAGCCGGCGCGUGGGGCUGGUCGAGUGGCACCCCACGACCAACAACAUCCUCUUCAGCGCCGGCUAUGACUAUAAGGUCCUCAUCUGGAACCUGGACGUGGGUGAGCCGGUGAAGAUGAUUGACUGCCACACGGAUGUCAUCCUCUGCAUGUCCUUCAACACGGACGGCAGCCUGCUCACCACCACUUGCAAAGACAAGAAGCUGCGUGUGAUCGAGCCCCGCUCAGGCCGUGUUCUGCAGGAGGCGAACUGCAAAAACCACAGGGUGAACCGGGUGGUGUUCCUGGGCAGCACGAAGCGGCUCCUCACCACUGGGGUCUCCAGGUGGAACACGAGACAGAUCGCCCUCUGGGACCAGGAAGAUCUGUCCAUGCCCUUGAUCGAGGAAGAGAUUGACGGGCUCUCCGGUCUCCUGUUCCCUUUCUAUGAUGCUGAUACCCAUAUGCUCUACCUGGCUGGAAAGGGCGAUGGGAACAUCCGGUACUACGAGAUCAGCACGGAAAAGCCCUACCUGAGUUACCUCAUGGAGUUCCGCUCCCCAGCCCCGCAGAAAGGCCUAGGUGUCAUGCCCAAGCACGGGCUGGAUGUGUCAGCCUGCGAGGUGUUCCGCUUCUACAAGCUGGUGACCCUCAAGGGCCUGAUCGAGCCGAUCUCCAUGAUUGUGCCGCGGAGGUCGGAUUCCUACCAGGAAGACAUCUACCCCAUGACGCCAGGCACAGAGCCGGCCUUGACCCCAGACGAGUGGCUGGGCGGCAUCAACCGAGACCCCGUGCUGAUGUCCCUGAAGGAGGGCUACAAGAGGUCUUCCAAAGUGGUGUUCAAAGCUCCCAUCAGAGAAAAGAAGAGUGUCGUGGUCAACGGCAUAGAUUUAUUAGAAAAUGUCCCACCCAGGACAGAGAACGAGCUCCUCCGGAUGUUCUUCCGGCAGCAGGACGAGAUCCGGAGGUUGAAGGAGGAACUGGCUCAGAAAGACGUCCGCAUCCGGCAGCUCCAGCUGGAACUGAAAAACUUGCGCAACAGCCCCAAGAACUGCUAGCACGGGGCUGCUCUCCAAGCUAUCUCGCCGUGGUUUCUACUCGUCCCUUAACUUCCCCUCAUCUGGUGGCCCCGGAGACAUCAGGACUGGAGCUGGGGGCCAGCCUGAGGACCCCACCUUCCACCUCAACAACUGGAAGCCAACCCUUGACCUCCUGACCUCGCGCUAAGCCUAGUUCCCAGCCUCCCGUGCACACCCCUUUCCCCGCCAUCCCAGGAGCCAGGCUUCCCCUCAGCUGAGCCAAGACUACAGACUCCCCGAGGGUUGCCCUCCAUGGACCAGGGACAGAGUGGGAUACAGAUCCCAUCUCGACUUAAGACUUGAACUUUCUCCUGCCAAGGGGCUGCCAGGACAUGGGGCGCUCCUGGCUCUGGGUCCUGCCUGGGCCUGCAGUGCGGGGCUGGAUCUCCAGCCCAGGGUCCUACCCCUCCACCAUGGCCCAACAGCCUUGGCAGCCUGACUCACCUUCUGCCUCUUCCCCUCCUGGCCCUUGUCUUCAGGGAAUGAAGAGGACACUCUUUAAGGCCAUAAUGACCCCUCACCUGCCCGUGACUCUCUUUAAAGCUCUUGCAUACCCUUCUCCCAUUGAACUUUUGAGCUAGGCAGGGUAGGGAUUCACGUCCCCAUUUAUCAGAUGACACAACUGAGGGCUGCAAUGGGGAGCAAUGUACUGAGUCCACCAGCUGGCCCGCCAUGGAGCCUGGGUGUCCAGAUCCCAAGGUCCAGCCCUCUUCCCUGCAUACAGAUGCCAGUGCCCUACAGGCUUCCCCAGAAUGAGGUCUAACGCCACUUCUACCAUCAGCCAAUACCAGUAGUGCCAACGUACCACACUGCCCAAUUGAGGGCACUCGGUGGCCCUGGACCCUCCUGGCCUGCCCCCUUGGCUCUGCCCCCAGGGGACUCCAUCUGAGAUGAGGCCUCUUCCACCAGAAGCCGAGGCUGAGAAGAGUGGAGUGUGGCCCUAGAUUUGCAGAACUGGGUCCGAUGGCUCCUAUGGACCCACGUGUGUCUCUCCCUGCUGCGCUCGCUCUCAGCCACUUUCAGCCUUACGCACGUAGAAUGACCACAGCUACCCCCCAUCGGACAGCACUUUAAUGUUCAUUCAGUUCUUUGACCCCUAGGAUGUCACCGAGCAUCACCUCUGCCUCACUGUGCAGCCGAGGACACAGAGAGAAGUGGCUCCCAGGUGCACAGUGCAGGAAGACGCCCCGUUUUGUUUGAUCACCCGCACCUUUUCCUUUCUUUCCUCCUUUUUCUCUUCGCAUCUCUGGCCACCCAUGCUGAAUCCAGAAGCGCUGUUCUCAGAAAAGUUACAGUGUGGGGGAACCUGUGAAUCCAGAAAUGAUUGUCGCCCUCUCACUGGCCGAGGGCUGCUGGGCAGGGGACACUCCGCACCUGCCCCUCCAUGGACCCCUGCGGGAGCGGGCAAGGAGCCCCCUGUUCCCGCCAGGGUGCAGGAUCUCCUUGCCCCGCCCCCCUGCAGUAGACAGUGCCCACUCUCAUUGCCCUUCCUCACUUCCGGAGCUUUUUUUUCUUCCCCAUUGGCCUUUGUGGUCUUCUGUGAUUAUUUAUGCUGCCUCCCAAGGAUAGAAUUGAAAUAAAAUGUUUUCAAGUUAUCACACCUGGGCGUGG